CGGGUGUCUUCUCCGCCUCAUGACGCCGCUGUAACGCCCCCUUCCUCGCGGCUUCUCUCCGGGUUAUUGAAGGAUAAGGGCGGCGCGGUUGUGGACGGUCAGAAACACCCGAUAGCACGAGGACGAAUUCGGGCACACCCGGUGUAUGUGCGGCAACACUAUGUCCGCACCCUUGCCUGCCAUAGUGCCCGCCGCCCGAAAGGCCACGGCCGCGGUAAUAUUCCUGCACGGCUUAGGAGAUACUGGGCAUGGCUGGGCAGAAGCAAUGGCAAGCAUCAGAAGUCCUCAUGUGAAGUACAUAUGUCCACAUGCGCCCAUCAUGCCGGUAUCAUUAAACAUGAACAUGGCUAUGCCUUCAUGGUUUGACAUAAUUGGAUUGUCUCCAGAUGCUCAGGAGGAUGAUGCUGGCAUUAAGCAGGCUGCAGAGAACAUUAAAGCUAUUAUAGACCAAGAAGUAAAGAAUGGUAUACCAACAAAUAGAAUCAUUUUAGGAGGAUUUUCUCAGGGAGGAGCCCUGUCACUGUACACUGCUCUGACAAUGAGUCAGAAAUUAGCUGGGGUUGUCGCUCUGAGCUGUUGGCUUCCAUUAAGAACCUCUUUUCCCCAGGCUGCUGCUAAUAGUGCCAAUAAAGAUGUGUGUGUUCUCCAGUGCCAUGGAGAAAGUGAUCCACUAGUUCCUCUCAUGUUCGGAUCUCUCACAUCAGAGAAGCUAAAAUCUAUAAUAAAUCCAGCAAAUAUUAAUUUUAAGACCUACGCGGGUUUGGCACACAGCUCAUGCAACCAGGAAAUGUCUGAUAUCAAGCAAUUCAUUGAGAAGCAGAUACCCCCAAGUUAACCGACACUUCAUUAUGCCUUUUUGAAUAUGCACCAGCAACAGUCACUAUGCUCCUCCUUAAAUUCCUUCAGUAAGGAACCUUCUAGUUAUUCAGAUACGAUGCAGUCAUUAGGGUUGGGAUAAUCAACAUGGUUACCAAGGAUUUACUGAUUUAUUUUGGUCAAACAUAGGAAAUAAAAGACCACGUUAGAAAAGUAUAGUUGACUGAUUUGCUAUAUUAUUUAUAGCAUUGUGAGGGCUAUUUCAUGAGGUAGAAGCGGAGGACUUUGAAUACUGUUGACAGAUGGUCGGUCUAUACGUGCGUAUAGUAUAACACAAACCUCCUAGUUUUUGUUUCCAGUUCUGUGUUCAUGUUGUGCAUUAAAAAUGCAGUACAUUCUUGUUCAGCUUUUCUAACCUGUUGUACAUUUCUACAAUAAAGUUACAUAAAAAGGUUUAAAAUGUAUGGGAAAAGUCCGUAUUUCUGUCAUCACAACUAGACUUAAAGGUUAUUGGGAUCCUUCAGCUGUUCUUUGGUAGGCAGAAUGUUGGCUGCGGUUUAAUAGCAU